UUACCUCUCGAGCUGGGCCAUGGCAAAGCCCUGGCUGCCACUUCUCCUGAUCCUGGGGACACCAGCUCUUCCCACGGGUGUGUGUACUGCUCCUUUCCCAUCAAUGGCUCCCCCACUCACCCUGUUGGUAGAUGGGAAACAGAAGACGCUGGUGAUCUGCCUGGUUUUUGAUGUCUCUCCUUCAUUUGUGGAUGGCUCCGUCUGGUUCUCAUCUGGCAACGGCACCGCCUUGGAUGCCUUCACUUAUGGACCCUUGCCAGCUGGAGAUGGCACCUGGAGCAGCCUAGCCCAGCUUUCCCUCCCUGUUGAGGAGCUGGCUUCCUGGGAACCUCUAGUCUGCCACACAGGGCCAGGCUGGCAGGAUCAGAGCCCACGUACCCGUCCUCUUCAGCUAUCUGGUAAGCCCAUGGGAGAGAAGUGCCAGCAGCAGCCAACCACUGGACCACACAGCCUCUUGCAGACAUUGAUCCUGGGGGCCAUUCGGCUCAUCCUCUUCAAGCUGCUUAUAUUUGAUGUGCUAAUGACCUGUAGCCACCUCCGGGCUCUGGGGAUCACAGCCACAAACAGUACUGACUUUGGGAUCCAACCUAGCAGAAAUUCCUUCCCUCCUGCCCCUACCAGAUGAAGAUGUUGCUGGAUCUUGACCAAACAAGGGAAGAACUUUGAGCCUAUUAGAGGGAGGCUGACGGAUGGGUAUUCUAAGUACAUGACUGCCUCAUCUUUACCUUAUGUGAAUACAAAUGGUCUGAUGAUAUUGUUCCCUAUAGUUGGAACAAUCUCCAUUUCCAGCCGCCAGACUAAUCACUCCUCCCUUUUAAAGUCCUAGUCAGGAUCAACAUCCUCUAUGAAGCCCUCCUGAAUGAAAUAUAGGAGGUAGCAAAUGUUUCCCCACCUAAUGUUUAUCUCUAUGGUCAAUUAUGUAAAUGUUGUACUCAACUUGGCUGCAUCUCCUGGGAAGUCAACUCUAAUUUCUCAUACUUGAGAAGUUUAUGUGCCCCAUCAGACUUCAAGCUCUCUGAGGUCAGGGCCCAAGUCUCUUCCAUCGCACCAGGAGCACUCAUAGAGCUUCAACUUUUAAGAAGUCCCCAGCAUGGAAUAAAUACACAGACACGGAUAGAUUCAUAUAAGGCACACACGAAAGAGCAGAAGAUUAACUAAAUACAUAAUGGAAUAUAGCACCCUUCAGGAACUGUCAAGGAGUGGGAGUGGGACCAGGAUAGACACCUGCUAGUCAGGACAAAAAAUAUCCAGCAUGCCCUGACCCAGAGACUGAAUGGGAUGAGAUAGGGUCUAAAAAGCUAGUGUAUCUCCCAUCCUAAGCGGUUAGGGGAGCAGAAGCCUGGGAGAGGUAAGAUGUGAGAAAAGUGCGAGGAUGAGAGCCUAGCAAGGAGAAGGCUGGAGUCUUAGACUGCCAGACUGUCUCACCAAAGCCAUCACCACCCUGAGCUGGAC